GCAGCCUCCGUGCGGACUUCCGGGUCGCGGUGUUCGCAGGGAGCGCUCCGCGUAGAGCGUCGUUUCCGUUGCCGGUGUUUGCAGCUGGGGAAACCGAGGCAGUGCCAGCUUUCCCCCUAGUUCUUCCGCUCCUGUGAGGAAAACAUGUUCGUGUCUCUGUGGGAGUUUUUCUAUGGACACUUUUUCCGAUUUUGGAUGAAAUGGGUCUUACGGCAGAUGACUGGGAAAUGUGAAUUGCAACGAAUUUUUGACACCUAUGGAGGGGCACAGAGGACCUACAGAAUAGAAAAUUCCUUGACAUAUUCCAAGAAUAAGGUCCUACAGAAUGCAACACGAGUUUCCGAGAGUGAACUGGACAGGUGUAUAGCGAACAUCAUGAAGGAAAAGAACAUCUGCCCCGAGAAGGACACAAGUUUUCAGAUCUGCAUGCGGACAUGCUUACUGCAGAUAACUGGCUAUAAACAGCUCUACCACGAUGUAGAAAAUGUGAGGAAAAAGCCCUAUGACUCUGCCAAUGCACAGCACGAGAAGAUGCUCCUCAAGCUUUGGAGUCUUCUGAUGCCAACGAAAAAGUUGACGGCCCGGAUCUCUAAGCAGUGGGCAGACAUUGGUUUCCAAGGUGAUGAUCCCAAAACAGACUUCAGAGGCAUGGGCAUACUCGGACUGAUCAAUCUCGUGUAUUUCAGUGAAAACUACACCAGCGAAGCGCAUCAGAUUCUCUCCCGCUCAAAUCACCCCAAAUUAGGGUAUUCUUAUGCAAUAGUUGGAAUCAACCUUACAGAGAUGGCUUAUAGUUUACUGAAGAGCGAGGCCCUGAAGCUUCACCUCUACAACUUUGUCCCUGGGGUACCGACGAUGGAGCACUUCCACCAGUUUUACUGUUACCUUGUCUAUGAAUUUGACAAGUUUUGGCUUGAGGAAGAGCCAGAAAGCAUUAUGUACUUCAACUUGUACAGAGAGAAGUUUCACGAGAGGAUCAAAGGACUCUUGAUGGAUUGCAAUGCUGUGCUCACUUUGAAAACAUGAACCAUCCAUGUAUCUUCACUUUCUACCACAUUUUGCACACACAACAGAAUUUAUAUGUUAUUAUAGAAAUUAUCUGAUUAACUACACUCAUAUAAUUUCCUACAAAAAAUACUUCAGAAACUCUAUUUAAGAAAGCUAGCGGACAAUCAGUGUAUGUUUACAGUUGUUUAUACACUGUUCUCCAAAGGUCCCUUACCCUUCCAAAGAGCCCUUCCGGAGUCACAUGAACUACAGUUUGGAACUUGGGUCUUAGCUUGUUCGUUUAAAAGUAUAAAUCAGGUAUAUUUAUAGUUAGCCAAUUGAUCAAAAUGUGCACGAGUCUGUUGUCAUUUUAUGUGUGGUGCUCCCAAGCUGGUGUCUUUUUGAAAAUUCUGCAGGGUCAUUGUUCGCUCUGGAAGUGGCUUUUGAAUGCCCUUUGUCUUUUUCUUUCUAGGAAAAUCAACACAGGAUGCCCUCUGAGGCUUUCUUUGUGUCUCUAGCUCUUGUCAAGAUGUCCUGUCCUUGGAGCAGAGGACGCAUGACUCUGUCAGGGAGGGUGGACAAUCAUGGCUUCCUUUGAUUUUUCUGGUCACUGACUAAAGAACCAAGACGUGGCAGUACUGAUGAUAGCUUCUUAUUUAUAAGUAGCCCGUGUGGGCGGUCUUAUUGUAAGGAGUCUAGGCAUGUACUAGCCAGGUCAGUAUUUGUUUUUAUCAGCUGUAGAAGGAACCUUCCUCAGAGCCCCCUGGGAGAACCCUGCCUGUGUGUUUAGAAAGGAGGUGCCUCUGCUGAGAAAAUCUGGACUGCAUUUGAAACAUAGUUUCUUUUUCAAUAGAACUGUCUUUGAAAAUUACACAAGAAGAAAACCGAGAGCCUUUUAGACAUCUGUUCCCUAUCAUUGGUGUGUUUGUUCUGGGUAAUGUUGUAGGGACCUGGGUUAGCGGGCUGGGAGGUGCUAGCUACCAUAGCCUGGAUCAUGACUGUGCAUUUUUGUAUAGCUUUAUUCUCCAAAGUCUCAGGAGGGCAGCAGGUACUGUCGAGGAUUCUGUGAGGGGAUUCUAAUGGGGUGGUUUCCUCUUUGCACGCUUUAGAGAUUUGUUCUCAGAGCAAAACGAAAAGAGCCUAAAGAUAAGAAAGAUGAUUGGACUUGGAAGCACUGCAUACGUCCUGUGUAAACCAGUCUACAACAUGAUUGGUUAACCUAAAACAUGGUGAUGUUUUGCACAUCUUUUAAUAUCAGGUAUUUAAAGACUAGCUUAUGUGAUAGAGGAAAGUUUGCUGUUUUCUCACAAUUUGUUCAUGUCUUCUGACAAGCCUGUCUUCCCACUUGUGGGGGUUGGGAGGAGAGAGCAAGCAUGAGAGAGCGCAGUACGGAUGUCCCAUAGGAGAACGACAGCUGGAGUGUUGUAUAGCACUGUGUUGCAGAGCAUGGGUUCAAAUUGCUUUUCCUUAAGGAAGAUAAAACUUUUUUUAAAAGUAGGUUUGUUUUAUAAUGCUAGAAAGGAUUUAGCUUUUCAGUAUUAUAGGAAUUUAAUAAUUGAUUUCUUAUAGGGGACUUGUUGACCCUGGUAAUACAGUAAUUUCAUUUUUGAGAAAUCUUUUGUCACCCAGGUUUUAUGAUGUAUUGUGUAGCAAAACCCUAACAAGGAGCCCAUGGUUACCAUUAUUGUUCACUGUAUUAUAGUGUGAAGUCUUCCAUGGAAAGCAGCUGUAGUAGUCUUUAACUUUUGUGCUAAAAGUACUGAUGCAUGUAUUUUAAUCUUUGAGCAGCCUAGAUCUUGAACUGAUUUAACUCUUUAUCAGCAUAUGUAACAAAAGCAUACUUGAAGUAUGAAAGAGGAAGUAAUAAUAAUAAUAAGUAAUUAUUUCUUGGCAGAAAAAAAUCUCUAAUGAUGUUAAGAACAUAUUGUCAUGGUUUGGUUAAUGUCACAGUCCUUAAAACCUCCUUUGUUUGUACAUUACAGAUAUUGUUUGGGUUUUUUUUUGUUUGUUAAAAUUAUCAUUAGCCAUUUCAGAUAAUUAUAUAGUGAACUGAUCUGUUAGCCAAUUCCAGCUUCAAAGUUCUGAUCUUCUGGGAGCUUGACUGUCACUAGUUGUGCACUAGAAUGUUUCCCUUACUUGCAGCAGACAUCAGAACUUCAUGCAGUUUUAAAACGCAUGUUUAGAUGCUCACCUGUGUCUAGGACUUGUAAAAUUACAAUGUAGCAAUUGGUAGUAAUGUCAUUGAAGUACAAGAAAGUUACGUUAUUUUAUAUUAAAUCGAGUAGAAUCGAUGUGGAGAUGGAUUCUUGUACAUGUGACGAUGAAAAUAUUUCACCAGUGACAAGAGCAGCAUAAGAAUAGAACCACAACAUUUAACAGUUGAGAUGCUCUGAAAGACAAUCUUUUAAACAUGGGAGACACUUGGGGAUCAUGGAUCCUAGACCAGGCUCUUUGUAAAUAAAUGUUACAGUACAGGUAGGUAUAAAAAUGAACUGGCACCAUUUAUAGUUCAAAACUCAGACUGUUUUUCUUAAAAAUUUCUACCCUGUUUAUUCUUCCUUUCUAUUUUAUAGCUACUUAGAUUUGUGUUACUUUUUACGAAAAAUGUAUGCAGCAUUUAUUCUUCCCUCAGUGUUAGCCAUCAUUCAUAUCAUUCUGUCCCUUGAGAAUAUUCAGCAAAAGGGAUUUUGAUUACAAGUUUUGCUCAAAGAAAAACAAUUUCUUGGGUGUGAAAAGCAGCUCUUCAUUUCUGCAGCAGAGGGGAACAACAGCAUAGAAGAUGGAGCUUUGCCUAGGAAGGUGAUGGUUUAUUAUUGUGCUCAUAACUGGGGACCAGCAGCUGCAUCCCCAGCACAGGUGCUCUACUCUAAUCCACAAAGGAUGGUGCGUCUGGGGAGGCUUUGUCGUCAUGUUCAUGUGUACUGGCCUCUCCACACAAAUGGCUUUUAAAUGAAGAUGGCUCUUUCACACUCUGAGAAAGAUCAUGAUGUGUAUUUUUGUUUUCUGUCUCCAAUUUUUGAUGAGAUAAAAGUUUAAAUGUAGUGAAGGUAGGACCCAACAACCACAUUGACGUUGGUAGGGUAGUUCUAUGUUUUGUUAAAGUACUGACAAAUAUUUAAGCUGUAGUGUUCCCUGGAGGGAAAGCACCAGUUGGUAACUUAAAUUUUUGUCUAUUUUGCAUCAAGCAUUUGAAUUUCAUGUAAAAGCAAUAGUGUGAGAUGUGACGUCCUUUCGUUUGUGAUGUUAAGUGAGAGAAUAAAAUCACAGCUGAAACUGU